AUGUCUUCAGAAUCAGAAAAGGAUAAAGAGAGGCUCAUUCAAGCUGCCAAAACAUUCUUCUUUUACAUGCAAGAUCUUGCUUCCUUCACAAAUGCACUCACCAAAUUGUUCAACAGCAGUAUGAGCACUCAGAUCCUCUUGAUGACUGUGAAAGAAGACGGUAAUGUGAAGGCUGUCUUUGAACAAAUGCUCAAAAUUUUUAAGGAGAUGCAGUCUGUGGUGGCGGCCAAGCAGGACCCAAUGCAAAGUGAACCUUUAAGUUCCAAGAUUGCAACAGCUAUGUCCUCUAUGGUUGAGAAGAGUAACAAUAUAAGGGAGGUGCAACAGUCAACCAAAGAAAUGUUCAAAAAUGUCCAGUUACCUAUCAUUGCCUCUGUGCUGAAUAGUGGUAACAUUCUUGAGAGUUUGGAAUCUUCUCUUUUACUCUUGAUGAGAUAUCCCAUCAUGAGUCUCCAGUUAAGUGACUUCUACAGGAAAGAACAAUCAGAUGCCACUACAUCUGAGAAAAGUCCAGGUCCAUCCAAAGCCACUACAAUAGAUGCCUUGAAAAAGUUGCAGGAUGCACUCAACAUUGAGAAUGCUAAGUAUACCAUUAAGUCAGCUGCAGAUCAAAUGGAAGAAAUCGUCAAAACUAUGGGACCAAUCUUAGAGGUCCUCCAAAAAUCCAUAAAAACUAUGGAAACCAAGUUUUCUGUGUUUAAGAAACCCAGGAACUAG